AUGUCAACACUCACGCCUGUCCAAGCCGUCUUCGCCAGAGUACACUCCCCAACGAGUCUGACAUUCCCAGAAGUCGUCGCGUCGCUGCUCAAGCUAGGCGUGACGCGGUACCACGUCGACUACAUCUCGCGCACGACCACGACAUACACACCCAAGAAGGCGACUUCCUCCACAGAUGCCGAGACCAUUUCGACUGAACAAAUCGCCAUCCCCGCCCCCUCAGCAGCCGGGGUCAAGCCCUCCACGGCGUGGGACGCGGCGGCGCUGACGCGGGCCCUCCGGCGCGUGCAGGCGGGGGAGACCGUCUACGCCGAGUUUGCGCGCGAGGUCGUCGACGCCGGCGUCACGGGGUAUUUUGCUUUUUUGGAAGGGAAGCGCGUCCUGUAUUACGGGCUCAAUGGGGACGUGUAUGUCGAGUGGUUCCCUGGCGCGGGACCAGCAAAGCAGGAGGAGUAG